UUUGCACAGAAAGUUCCAAGUAACGGCCAGAUUCCAGCUUGCUCACCAUCCAUCUGGUAUCACAAGUUUGCUGUCACUGCACCAAAUAAACCGCAGCCAUGUCUUCGGACGCCGAGAUGGCCGUCUUUGGGCCGGCUGCUCUUUACCUCCGAAAGUCAGAAAAGGAGAGAAUUGAGGCCCAGAACAAGCCUUUUGAUGCCAAGUCAUCUGUCUUUGUGGCGCAUGCUAAAGAAUCCUAUGUGAAAGGCAGCAUCCAGAGCAGGGAAGGAGGGAAGGUCACAGUCAAGACAGAAAAGGGAGAAAGUCUCACCGUUAAGGAUGAUCAAAUCUUCUCAAUGAACCCUCCCAAGUAUGAUAAAAUUGAGGACAUGGCUAUGAUGACCCAUCUCCAUGAACCUGCUGUCCUGUAUAACCUCAAAGAGCGUUAUGCAGCCUGGAUGAUCUACACCUACUCUGGUCUCUUCUGUGUCACUGUCAACCCCUACAAGUGGCUGCCAGUGUACAACCCAGAGGUGGUCAUGGCAUACAGGGGGAAAAAGCGUCAAGAAGCCCCUCCCCACAUCUUCUCCAUCUCUGACAAUGCCUAUCAGUCCAUGUUAACUGAUCGGGAGAAUCAGUCCAUCUUGAUCACUGGAGAAUCUGGUGCAGGAAAGACUGUGAACACGAAGCGUGUCAUCCAGUACUUUGCAACAAUUGCAGCUAGUGGGGAAAAGAAAAAGGAAGAGCAGCCGCAGCAGGCCGGCAAACUGCACGGGACCCUUGAAGAUCAAAUUAUCAGUGCCAACCCUCUGCUGGAGGCCUUUGGCAAUGCCAAGACUGUGAGAAAUGACAACUCCUCACGCUUUGUAAGUCUUAAGAGAAUUGCAUCUGGUCCAAUUAUUCCUAUAAUUGCUGACAAGGCUGCCUAUUUGAUGGGUCUAAACUCAGCUGACCUGCUAAAAGCCCUUUGUUACCCCCGAGUCAAGGUCGGGAAUGAGUAUGUGACCAAAGGUCAAACAGUGCAGCAGGUGCACAAUUCAGUUGGUGCUCUGGCAAAGGCUGUAUAUGAGAAGAUGUUCUUGUGGAUGGUCGUUCGUAUCAACCAGCAGCUGGAUACGAAGCAGGCCAGACAGUACUUCAUUGGUGUGCUAGACAUUGCUGGCUUUGAGAUCUUUGAUUACAACAGCUUGGAGCAGCUGUGCAUCAACUUCACCAACGAGAAACUGCAACAGUUUUUCAACCACCACAUGUUUGUGCUGGAGCAGGAGGAGUACAAGAAGGAAGGGAUUGAAUGGGAAUUCAUUGACUUUGGGAUGGAUUUGGCCGCCUGCAUUGAGCUCAUUGAGAAGCCCAUGGGCAUUUUCUCCAUCCUGGAAGAGGAGUGCAUGUUCCCCAAGGCAACUGACGCUUCCUUCAAGAACAAGCUCUACGAUCAGCAUCUGGGCAAGUCCAACAACUUCCAGAAACCGAAGCCUGCCAAAGGAAAGGCUGAGGCCCACUUCUCCCUGGUGCACUACGCAGGCACUGUGGACUACAACAUCACUGGCUGGCUUGAGAAGAACAAGGACCCCCUGAAUGAAACUGUCAUUGCGCUGUACCAGAAAUCAUCAUUGAAAACACUGGCUCUGCUCUUUGCCUCUUUUGGUGGAGCAGAAGAGGGUGGUGGUGGCAAGAAGGGCGGCAAGAAGAAGGGUUCCUCUUUCCAGACGGUCUCUGCUCUUUUCAGGGAGAACUUAAACAAGCUGAUGUCCAAUCUGAGAAGCACUCAUCCUCAUUUUGUACGAUGCCUCAUUCCCAAUGAAACAAAAACACCUGGUGCCAUGGAACAUGAACUGGUGCUGCACCAGCUGCGGUGUAACGGCGUGCUGGAAGGGAUCAGAAUUUGCAGGAAAGGCUUCCCCAGCAGAAUCAUUUAUGGAGACUUUAAGCAGAGAUACAGGAUUUUAAAUGCAAGUGCUAUCCCAGAAGGACAAUUCAUCGACAGCAAGAAAGCUUCUGAGAAGCUCCUUGGGUCCAUUGAUGUUGACCCUACACAGUAUAAAUUUGGACACACCAAGGUGUUCUUCAAAGCUGGCCUGCUGGGUCUUCUAGAGGAGAUGAGAGAUGACAAACUGGCACAGCUGAUUACUCGCACACAAGCUAUGUGUCGAGGAUUCCUGAUGAGAGUAGAGUUCCAGAAAAUGAUGGAAAGGCGGGAGUCCAUCUUCUGUAUUCAGUACAAUGUUCGUGCAUUCAUGAAUGUCAAGCACUGGCCCUGGAUGAAGCUGUACUUCAAGAUCAAACCCUUGCUGAAGAGUGCUGAGUCUGAGAAGGAGAUGGCCAACAUGAAGGAAGAGUUUGAGAAAACAAAGGAAGAGCUUGCUAAAUCUGAAGCAAAAAGGAAGGAACUAGAGGAGAAAAUGGUGUCCUUGAUGCAAGAGAAAAAUGACCUACAGCUCCAAGUGCAAUCUGAAGCUGAUGGCCUGGCUGAUGCUGAGGAGAGAUGUGACCAGCUGAUCAAAACCAAAAUCCAGCUUGAAGCUAAAAUUAAAGAGGUGACUGAAAGAGCAGAGGACGAAGAAGAAAUGAAUGCUGAGCUGACAGCCAAGAAGAGGAAACUGGAGGAUGAAUGUUCAGAGCUGAAGAAAGACAUUGAUGACCUUGAGUUAACCUUGGCCAAGGUGGAAAAGGAAAAACAUGCCACAGAAAACAAGGUGAAAAACCUCACUGAGGAGAUGGCAGUCCUGGAUGAGAGCAUUGCCAAGCUGACAAAAGAAAAGAAAGCCCUCCAAGAGGCCCAUCAGCAGACUCUGGAUGACCUGCAGGCAGAAGAGGACAAAGUGAACACAUUGACCAAAGCUAAAACAAAACUGGAGCAGCAAGUGGAUGACCUUGAGGGGUCCCUGGAGCAGGAGAAGAAACUUCGCAUGGACCUGGAAAGAGCAAAGAGGAAACUUGAAGGAGACUUGAAGCUGGCCCAGGAAUCCACAAUGGAUUUAGAAAAUGAUAAGCAGCAGCUGGAUGAAAAGCUGAAAAAGAAAGACUUUGAAAUCAGUCAGCUCCAAAGCAAAAUUGAGGAUGAGCAAGCCCUGGGCAUCCAGCUGCAGAAGAAGAUCAAGGAGCUCCAGGCCCGUAUAGAGGAGCUGGAGGAGGAAAUAGAAUCAGAACGAGCCUCUCGGGCAAAAGCAGAGAAGCAGCGGGCUGAUCUCUCCAGGGAACUUGAGGAGAUCAGCGAGCGCCUGGAAGAAGCUGGUGGGGCAACAGCAGCUCAGAUUGAGAUGAACAAGAAGCGCGAGGCAGAAUUCCAGAAGAUGCGCCGAGACCUUGAAGAGGCUACUCUGCAGCAUGAAGCGACAGCCUCUGCCCUCCGGAAGAAGCAUGCUGACAGCACAGCCGAGCUCGGGGAGCAAAUUGACAACCUGCAACGGGUCAAGCAGAAGCUGGAGAAGGAGAAGAGUGAGCUGAAGAUGGAGAUUGAUGACCUGGCUAGCAACAUGGAGACUGUUUCCAAAGCCAAGGCAAAUCUGGAGAAGAUGUGCCGCACUCUGGAGGACCAGCUUAGUGAGGUUAAGACCAAGGAGGAGGAGCACCAGAGAACAAUCAAUGACCUCAGUGCUCAAAGAGCACGUUUACAGACAGAAUCAGGUGAAUUUUCUCGCCAGGUGGAGGAAAAAGAUUCUUUGAUUUCACAGCUGUCAAGGGGCAAGCAAGCAUUUACCCAACAGAUUGAGGAAUUGAAGAGGCAACUAGAGGAAGAGAUAAAGGCCAAGAAUGCGCUGGCACAUGGCUUGCAGUCUGCUCGCCAUGACUGUGACUUGCUGCGGGAACAAUAUGAAGAGGAGCAGGAAGCCAAGGGUGAAUUGCAACGUUCCUUGUCCAAAGCCAACAGUGAAGUUGCCCAGUGGAGAACCAAAUAUGAAACCGAUGCUAUUCAGCGGACAGAGGAGCUG